AUGUCGAGUAUGAAAAAUGAGGUGAUUGAAGAAAUAUGGAGAUGUGUUCAACAGGAGGAGAAGCUACCUAGAGAGCCUGAUGCAGACUUGAAACUUGUAAUGCGUGUUAUGGAUGUGCUUAGGAAGUGCUAUCAUUACCAGAGUGUAACUCCGAUAGAAAAAUCUACUCUGUCUGCAUCGUUACAAAAGCAACUGUACGAUGUAGUAUCCAAAACGGAGUUUGCGCCUAGAAGUGAUUUCGAUUGGAGCGUCGAUGUGAUAGCAGGAAAUAGCCAUGUUCAGAAGAGUAUGCAAAUAAUCACGAACAUAAAAUUGGGAGGAGAAAACUACGAGUUCGACUUAGAGCAAUUUGCCAAACUUCGGUACAACUUGGCCAAGACAGUUCUUUCAGUUCGGAAGUAUGAAUGA